UUUGUGAUGUUGAAUAUCUUUGGAAAGAAACAUGGCAGCUAGUGGGUAGGAGUGUCUACUGUAAUGUGAAUUUUGUGUGCUGGGCGUAUAUUGGAUAGCUAACAGUUCGCUCCAGCAGUAUGGUGAUAGUGGUUAUGGCCCGUAGCAAAAGAAAAUAUUCUUCCCAAUGUAUAUAUGUUGUAUACUUAACCUGCUGGUUUAUGUAAUAUUUUUGGAUUUUUUAUACGCCAGUGACACAUUUGUCAACGUGUAGCAGCUGAUGAGAUAAAGGAAAAAGUGAUAUCUCCGUUUGUGUCAUAUUAGUAAUCGCAAACUGUUGGGUGACAAGUGUUCUGUUAAUACUUUCACGCAUAGGUUGUGAAAUAAGUUACUGACAUGUUUGCCAGUUUGAAGAAUAAAAUAAAAGAAGAAACUGGAAACGAUGUAGCAAAACUUGCUCCAAUACUCAGCAGCCCUCCACAGAAAGGGUCUUCAAGGCAUUCAAGACAAGGUUCUGGUUCGAGCGUGGGAAGUAUAUCUCUUGAUGGGUUGCGAGAAGAUGGUGCUACAUCUCCAACUUCGCUUAGCAGGCGUGACAGUGUGGAUGUCAAACUUGCAGAAGGAAAAGUUUUAAGCAUGAAAGAGAUAAAGCGUCUUGAGAAAAGAGAAGAUGACUGGAAAAGAGCAAUGCAGAAGCGAGAAGAGGAAUGGAAAAGACAAAUGGAAAGGCAGGAGGAAGAAUGGAAGAAAGAAAUGGAAACCAAAGAAAAUGAAUGGAAAAGAUCAUUGGAAUUGUUAGAGAAAGAAAAAAUUGUUUUGGAAGAAGAAAAAAGAGAAGUAGUGAAACAGAAACUUAGUUUGGAGGAAGCCUUAAAAGUGGCUGAAGAGUACAAGAAGAAAGUGUAUCAAUAUCAAGAAGAUAUGGAUCAACUGGAAGGUUUUCAAACGCAGGAAAUGGCAAAGAUAAAACAUCUAUUGCUUGUGACAGAACAGGAGGUUACUGAGAAAACAGAAACUUUAAAAGAGGUGACAAGCCAAGUGGAAUCAUUGAAGUUGGAAGUUAACAGACUGAGACGCUAUGAAGAGGAAUUAAGUCGUGUGCAGGAUGAGCUCGAGUCUAUACGGCAUUCCUCUGACCUCGAACGAUCACGACUGAAAAGUGAUUUGGCGCGUGCAGAAGAAGAGACAAGGCACCUUACAGAACGUAUUUCCUUACUAGAGGCACGUGCCACUCCUAUAAGUGAACCUGAUGCUGCUGAUGACCCUGAUGGCAGAGUACGAAGACUACUUGCAGAACGUGCUGCACAAGAUGCCCGCCUGGAAGAGGCUCAUUUACAACUGACUGACAUAAAGGCAUCGUGGAGUGCACGAAUAGCACAACUGGAGACACAGCUUGGUCGGUUAUGCAGACAGGCUGCAGAGGAGGGUGCCGAGCGCCGCCGAGCUGAAGGGGAACGAGAUGCUUUGCUUGAACGUAUUCGUGCACUGGAAGUCUUACUGGAACAAGCACGUUCUACUGGUCGCCAACGUGAUGAAACGUUGGCUGCGGUGCGCCAAGAACGUGAUGAACUUGCAGCUGAGAUACGUGAAAUGCGUGCAGCACGCCAAGAGCUUGAGCAGAAACUCGCUGCACACACUAAAUCUGCUGAGGAAGAGAGAGAGAAAGCCAAAGAAUAUCAAAUUGAAGCAGAGAGAAGAAUUGCAGAACUUGAAAGUAAAUGUGCAGAUUUGCUAUCUGCUGUGGACAAUGAAAAAACAACUAGUACAUCUUUACAAGAACAGAUAAUGAGUUUAGAAGGAAAGCUUUCACAGAGUGAGGAACGUGCCACAGAGCUUUUGAGUGAAAUACAUCAAGAGAAGAGUGAGAAAGAUGUUGCCCAACUUCGAUGUGCAGAGCUGAAUCAGCAAUGUGAGCUGGUGAGACAACAGCUUCGUGAACAACAGAGAGAUGCAGCUGACAUACAGACUCGUGUUGGCACUCUACAAAAUGAAAUAGAAAUAAAGGAUAAGGAGAUUGGAAGUCAGUCAUACAAAAUUCAAGAACUUUUAAAUAGAGUUCAGGCAUUGGAACUAAUUGAACAUGAUAAACAUGCGGCAGAAAAACAAGAGCAGGAACUCAGAAGAACUAUUUUAGAUCUGGAGGAGCAGGUAGCUGAAAAAAAUAAGAGUGUCCGUGUAUUACAACAGCGACUCGGUGAUAUGAAGAAAACACUGCAACGUGAACUGCGCAAUCCAAGCCACGAUACAGGUGACAGUGUGGAUGUAAUCCCCUCGGGGCAGGCUCCUGCCCAGGGCACUGGGCCAGGCCCUGGCCCAGGACCGGGAACAAGCAGCAGUAGACAGCCACCACCUAUUGGCUCCGAGGAUGACGUUAACUUUAAAUAUCUGAAGCAUGUUCUUAUGAAGUUCCUCACUAGCCGCGAGUAUGAGGCACAGCAUCUAACGCGAGCUGUAGCAACAUUAUUACACUUCACCCCAGAGGAGGAGAGGCUUCUGCGAGAGACUUUGGAAUGGAAGAUGUCAUGGUUUGGUACUCGACCUAGUCUGGGAUAUGGUCAGAUGUCUAAAACAAUACCUCCUAGCUGAUACUAGAUCUUAAAUAAAAUGUUUUUGUCAUAUUGUGGUGGACCAACAGUGUAAAAUUACAAAUUACAAAAAUUGACUGGUAUCUCUAACAGUCUGUUUUGCUUCUUGGGUUGUUUCCAGGAAGCAUGCAAAUAAUGGUGAUUGAAGUAUUAUUUCAGUUGCUUGGAAUUUUGUUAAAAACGUUGUAACAUUAAAAUUCUGGUGCACUGUCUCAGAACAGAAACUGAAUAGAAAUCCUGUGAAAUUUGGUUAUGGAUAUUUCUUCCCUACUAAAGAGGUGCAAAUAUUUAAAUUCUUACAACAAGGAAAUGCACCACUUAUAGUUGACAGUUUCUGUGCAACUUCAUUGGGUAGUUGCAUUUUCCUAUAGUACCAGUGGUUGCAGAGUUUUAUUAUUUUUGUACAGGCACUUGUACAGUUCUGUGUAUGUAAUUUUUUGAAUAUUCAUUAAUAUAAGUGUAGGUUUUAUUUGAGCAAUAAGUAUAUCAAUUAAAAAGGCACAUCAUGGGGAAGAGUAACUUGAAAAGUUAACAAAGAAAGUCAAAUGUAAAUUUAAGAAUAAAUCUCAAGUUUCGUACUUGAAAAUUAUGCACUUGCAAACUAUUGUUUUCUAUUCAUAUUUCAUAUUCUGCUUUAAAAGUUGGUUCAUUCAAUAGCUAUAUUACACUAAUAUUCAGCAGAUUUUAUUGUUUUGAGGCCUGUAAUUGGUAUACUGUAUUAUACACUCUUAUGUGAAACCUCAGAGCACUGUUUCUACAAAAUGAGACAACGUUAAUGUAGUGCAAUUACUUUAAGUUUACUUAACACUGCAAGUUGUUCAGCUUCUGUGCCUUGUAAUUACAAUAACUGUGUCAAGAAUUGAACUACAAAAAGUUGUGUUACUAAGGAUGUUACUUCUAGUAUUCUCUAAAUGGGAAAGAAAAUUCUGGUUCUUUUCCUUGAAUUUAUGUUUGUUUUUAUGUUGAAUUGGCACACAUUUGUAUUAAGAUUUUAUACAUAACUUGUGUUCAUCUUUGUAUAUUCAUCAUAUAUUAGUGAUUACUUUUUUAAUGUGUUGUUUAUAAUUGUUAGCCAGCAGAUGAUCAGUAGUAUCUUUUUUUUAUGUGCAGUGUUUACUGAUAUUUUUAACAAGAUGUAGCAACAAGUUCUGGCAGGAAAGUUGAGGAUAUGUUGUCAGUAGGAAAUUUAUUUGUGAUACCAUAUUACUUUUGAAUUUUGCAUUUGCAUAAGAGCAAAAAAUGUUAACAUAUGUUAAUGCUUUAUUGUUCAAAGUCAUAUAUGUAUAUAACUCAUUCAUUAGCCCAGUUUAGCCAAUCAAAGUGUACAGUUGUUAUGUGUAACAGUUUCUUCUAAUUAUUUUAUUAAAAGGAAAGGUGCUCUGGUUGUAGCAAAGAAAAUUGAAUGAUCUAACUAGUCCCUCUGAAAGGGAGGAAAAUUUUAAUCCAGUAAUAAUGCAGUCAGCUUUGUGUAUAUUUGUUCUUAUAAUCAUAAUUAUUUAUAAAUGGACUCACUGUUGUGACCUCAUUAAGUAAUCAAACCUGUAAUAAUUAAUAUUGCCAAAUGUAACUAUUCAUAUAAUGAUGUGGAUAUGAAAGCCACAAAAAAAUAUGAGGACUCACCAGACUGGCAAGUGACCGAAUCUGACCACAAGCUAAUCAAUCCUUGUAAUCUCAGGUCCAGUUGUUACUAAAGUGCCCUCAAGUACUUUUAAUUGUGUAGUAUUAGCAUCACAUACAUGUGUUGCUGUUUCAGUUUUCAGUUGUGCAAUAAGUAACUAGUAAAUUAUACAAUUAUGGUGCUCAGUAUUUCAAAGGGGGUAUCAGUUGCAAUGGUUAUGUAAGUAUUAUUUAUGUCAGUGCUGUAGAGUAAAUGCUGUAUCUUAUUUUUUAGCUUUCACUAAAAACAUCAUUUGUCAAAGCAUGUUAUGUAACAUUGUAUUUGAGGGUGGUUACUUCAUUUUUGAGAAAAUUAGAAAAAGAGUAAUUAUAUUUAAUAUACAAAAAUUGUGCAAUCUCA